AUGGAUAACCUUCAAUCCAACAUUUUCGUGGCAGGCCAGCGAUUGAACGACUUGACCGGUUAUUCAUCCAUUGAAGCACUUAAGAAAGAUAUACACACUCAAGAGGAGCGACUCCGAGCUGCCCGCCUUCGAGUCCGUGAAGCCAAAGACGCAUAUGCAGCUGCCAUCAACAAUCGAUCAACUUCACAGCGUGAAGUAAACGAACUUCUCCAGCGGAAACAUGCCUGGUCGGCAUCAGACCUGGAACGAUUCACCCACCUCUAUCGUAACGACCACACCAACGAAGUAGCCGAAAAUGAGGCCCAGGAAGCUCUAUCAGCAGCAGAACGCGAGUCCGAGGAAGCUGCCGCGCAAUUGAACAAAAGUAUUCUGUCCCGGUACCACGAGGAGCAAGUCUGGUCGGACAAGAUCCGCCGCAUGAGUACCUGGGGUACGUGGGGUCUGAUGGGCGUGAACGUUCUUCUCUUCCUGAUCUUCCAGAUCGCCGUGGAACCGUGGCGCCGGAAGAGGCUAGUCAAGGGUUUCGAAGAGAAGGUCAUCGAAGCCAUUGAGAAGGAGAAGGCCAUGCACCACGUUGAGAUCCUGGCUCCUGUCAAUGCCGCUCAAGAGAUUCCCGCCGCACCCUCCGCAGACUCAUCCGCCCCUGUCGUCGCAGCUGUACCAUCCCCAGCCGCUGAAGAAACAGCAUCCAACGCAAUUUCAACCGAAGUACUAGAUGUCCCAGACUCAGCGACUCCCGCACCCGACACAACAACAACACCCAAUAGCCAGAACUCUCUGAACGACCUCCUCGAAUCCGCCAAAUUACAACUCUCGCGCUUCCCCCCUCCUACCUCCGUUGAAUCCUGGCGUCAGUAUAUCAGCGAUCUUUUCAGCGAUCGCAACCUAGUCAUCACCCAACGGGACCUGUCGUCCCUCGCUCUCCAGAGCGCGGCUGCUGGUGCAGCUAUCAUGGGUCUAGUGAUUGCUCUUAUCCGGCCGCGGUGA